UUGGUCUGACCUGCAAAAACAGGAAAUACAAUGGAGGGUAGGUUCGAGCAAUCCUGUUCUACUUUUCUUCCAGCAGGUGUACCAUCGCCUGGACCUUCAGCUUUUGCCAGAAUGUCGGAUACGAUGGCUUACGAAUGCACUGAGGUGUAUUUGUUUCUUUUUGUCUACCGGCUUCCAGACUCUAGCGUCGUAAGGCGAGUGACGGACUGAUCUGCGACCUCGUGUACAACAGUUCCCUGGCCCGUGCCAUAGAGCAAACGGCUACUGCGGUACCUAUCGCGAAAGGGGAAUUGCACUAAUGGUCAAGGACAGUCACUACGUGACUGCUCCGAAAGCGCAGACAUCAGCUAGAGUCGGCAAACCCGGAGUGCUUUGAUUCGUACUCUGACUUCGAAAUUCUGACUUCUGCUGUUAGAGUCUAGGAGAUUGGACGCCUGUUCGAAUAAAAAAACAGGGUUCCGAACUACACCAUCAUCCAAAAUUCUAAGCGAGACCUAAGUGGGACUACGGUCGGCGCUAAGAUAAACGUAAGAUGUAGUUUUAAUUCUCUUUCGUAGUUUUUGUAAUUUUGCUCUGGAAAAUGAGAAAAAUUAUGAGAACUCUAGUUCUUAUAAACAUAAAAUUUAUAAAAAAAUUCCAGCCAAACCCCUUUGUAAGUAUGGCAUUUCAUUUCUAAUUUCUUUUCUUUCUUUUGAGAUGUUCAUUUCAUUACAUUUAUUUUUCCAACCAUAUUACCUCAUGACAUUUCACUAAUUCCUUCUUUUUCCUUUACUUUUAUGGCAAAAAUUGGAGAAAUUGGGUUCAACCCUUACCCAUACACUCAACUACACAUCACUUAUGAAGAGAAAGCUGCCCUACAGCUUGUAUCAACUUAGGAAUAAUAAAGGACAUUUCGUAAGUCGUAAUUCAGGUAUUACUUCAACUAAAUUCGAACGGAUUUCCCGGAACUCUUGGAAAAUUCAGGCCCUUUGAAAAUUGACACGGCGUAUCAACCCUUCAAGCCGAAAUUGACUGAAAAAAAUAAAUAAAUGCUAAAGAUAGGUGGUGGGAUAAAAGGUAAACUUAAAGGGUUUCGGUGAGUUCUACUGGAGAAAACUGAGGAAUUUAACUGGAAUAUGGAAUAGGCGGCUUUCCCCAGACCUUCCUAAGAAAUUCCAUGACAAUACGGCCCCUGGUCAAAAACCAAGAUUGUCGCAGGACCAAAGGAAAACUCCGGUAUGUCUGCGGUCCGCUACCUAAUUCCGGGGUUCGAUGGCGGGUAUCAAGAGUUAGGACCACUGACGGCAGCUAAUGGACAAGGUUCUUCCCAAAGAGCCAGGACAAACAAAAGGCAGUAUGUCGACACCACAAAAACAAUCGACGAGAAAAAAAAGUGGAUACCUAACCUCGAAAUGAGCUCAAUUCAACGAGGGAUCCUGCACUGCAACACCAGGAAAACCGCGGAAUCUAAUUAUGUCGCCUCGUCGUCCGUCUGUCUGUCCGGAGUUUAUAGUGACGUCUAUAGGGAAGAUACCAAGUCACGCUGGUAUAGCAGUGACGGAAAAUCUGCGCCUCCCUCGAUGGAUUGGAUGGGCGAUGGUGUGGCUCUUUACUCCAAAAAUUCUGCCAGGACUUAAUUUUUAAGAUUUUUCUUAAUUUUCUUUGUAUUUAUUAAGUUUUGUUUCAAGCUUAAUUCAGUUUCGUUUUGUUUUAAUUUUAAUUCAUUUUCAUUUUGUUUAAACUUAAUUCAGUUUUGUUUUGUUUAAACUUUAAUUCAUUUUCAUUUUG